UGUGCUCAGGACACAGGCUCUAUAGACCUGGAUCUUGUUGUGAUCAUGAACAAAUCCUCUCCAGAUCCUUGUCCUUCUGGCUGGGUUAAGCAUGAAAGAAAGUGUUACUAUUUCUCCAAAGCUGAAAGUGAUUGGGACUCCAGCCAAAGCAACUGCUCUUCCUCUGGUGCUUCUCUGGCCAGGAUUGACACCAAGGAAGAAUUGGAUUUUAUUGUUUCCAACCUAAAGUAUCCAUAUCAUUGGAUUGGGCUUCGACGGAAGAACAACCAAACUUGGAAAUGGACAAACGGUUCGGAAUACAAUGGCAGCUUGUUUCAGUUUGGAGCACACGGAGAUUGUGCCUACCUGAAUGAUGUUAGUUCAAAGGCUAGUUCGACCCGGUGCAGGUCACCACGAUACUGGAUAUGUAGCAAAUCACUGAGCGCUUUCUAAAACAGAGAUGCCAACUUCCAGCCAGGUCUAAAUACCGGUGUGGGUUCUAUGUUCAAAAGAGUGAUACCUGCAUAUGCACAAAAAUAAUUUAAGAGUAAGAAAGACUUUUAGGUGCAACCAAAUAAUGUAACUUUUGAUAUUAGAAGGUUUCUCUUGUUCCUCACCUUCCACCCAUUUACAGUGGUGCCCCGCAUAGCGACGUUAAUCCGUUACAGGAAAAACGUCGCUAUUCGAAAACAUCGCUAUA